GUCACUUCCGUGAAGGGGAGCCCGCGGGAGGCGGAAGUGUGUGUGCCGGGGAGGCGGCGGAGCGGAGCUGAGCGGUCCCUAGCUGGCAUCUUGCGGCUCUUCCGGGUCUGGACUCGGAGACUCUCUGGCGGCCCGCGAAACCCAGCGAGGGACUGGAGGCCCUGAGGCGGCCGCGGGGCUUGGCGGGGUCUGGAGGUUGACCUCGCCCCCGCCGCCUGCCCUCGAGGCCGCCUCCUCCAAGCAGUCUCCUGGCCCCUCGCCCGCGCCUGCUCAGGCUCCCGUGCCCCUGCCCAUCUCUGCCUUAUCUGCGUCCCUGUCCUCGGGGCCCGUGACCGUGGCCUCGGAGUGGGCUUUUAGGGCCGGCCGCAGCCCGGCGACCCCGAGGCGUCCCGCCCUGGGCCCCCAGACCCCUCAGUAUGACCGCGGCCGCCGCCUCCAACUGGGGGCUGAUCACGAACAUAGUGAACAGCAUAGUAGGGGUCAGUGUCCUCACCAUGCCCUUCUGCUUCAAACAGUGCGGUAUCAUCCUGGGCGCCCUGCUCUUGAUGUUCUGCUCCUGGAUGACGCACCAGUCAUGCAUGUUCCUGGUGAAGUCCGCCAGCCUGAGCAAACGGAGGACCUAUGCCAGUCUGGCAUUCCACGCCUAUGGAAAAGCAGGGAAGAUGCUGGUGGAGACCAGCAUGAUUGGGCUGAUGCUGGGUACCUGCAUUGCCUUCUACGUUGUGAUUGGUGACUUGGGGUCCAACUUCUUUGCCCGGCUGUUUGGGUUUCAGGUGACUGGCACCUUCCGCAUGUUCCUGCUGUUCGUGGUGUCCCUGUGCAUCGUGCUCCCUCUCAGCCUGCAGAGGAACAUGAUGGCCUCCAUCCAGUCCUUCAGUGCCAUGGCGCUCAUCUUCUACACUGUCUUCAUGUUCGUGAUCAUGCUGUCCUCUUUCAAGCACGGGCUCUUCGGGGGGCAGUGGCUACGGGGGGUCAGCUACGUCCGCUGGGAGGGUGUCUUCCGCUGCAUCCCCAUCUUCGGCAUGUCCUUCGCCUGCCAGUCCCAGGUUCUGCCCACCUAUGACAGCCUGGACGAGCCAUCGGUAAAAACCAUGAGUUCCAUAUUUGCUUCCUCCCUCAAUGUGGUCACCACCUUCUACGUCAUGGUGGGGUUUUUUGGUUAUGUCAGUUUCAUGGAUGCUACUGCAGGCAAUGUGCUGAUGCACUUCCCCUCCAACCUGGUGACGGAGAUGAUCCGCGUGGGCUUUGUGAUGUCGGUGGCUGUGGGCUUCCCCAUGAUGAUCCUGCCGUGCAGACAGGCCUUGAACACGCUGCUUUUCGAGCAGCAGCAGAAAGAUGGCACGUUUGCAGCUGGGGGCUACAUGCCACCUCUCCGGUUUAAAGCGCUCACCCUCUCGGUGGUAUUUGGGACCAUGGUCGGCGGCAUCCUGAUUCCUAACGUGGAGACCAUCCUGGGUCUCACAGGUGCGACAAUGGGGAGCCUCAUCUGCUUCAUCUGCCCAGCUCUGAUCCACAAGAAAAUCCACAAGAACUCUCUUUCCUCCCAGGUGGUGCUCUGGGUCGGCCUGGGUGUCCUGGUGGUCAGCACGCUCACCACCCUGUCUGUGAGCGAGGAGGCCCCCAUGGACAUGGCAGAAGAAUCCCCCGGUGACAGGCUCAGGCAGGCCGAGGAUCUGGUGAAGGUGGAGGCAGCCCGGCUAUCAGUCCAGGAUCCUGUCAUGGCUGUAGACAUGGCUGAAGACAGCCGGGAUAAGCCAAAGCUGCCAAGGGAGAGCGAAGAGCUGGAACGGGCCCAGAUUAAGGGCCCCAUGGAUAUGCCUGAACGGGAAGAUGCCAAGGAGAUGCAUGAGGAGGCGCAGCUCGACCGCCCUGGUCAAGGAAUUGCCAUGCCUAUGGGCGAAGCCCACCGCCAUGAGCCUCCCGUUCCCCAUGACAAGGUGGUGGUAGAUGAAGGUCAAGACCAAGAAGGACCAGAAGAGAACAAACCUCCAUCCACACACAUGGAUGGAAAGGCUCCCGAGGGCCAGGGUCAGAUGGCACCGCCUCUGCCGAAUUCAGAGAGAGAGAAACCAGAGCCAGAGAAGGGUGAGGUCGGGAAGAGGCCCAGACAGGCCCAGGCCUUAGAGGAAGCAGGCGGUCUUCCUGAAGAUUCCCAGAAGGUUCCAGAAGCAGAUGGUCAGCCAGCUGUCCAGCCUGUGAAAGAGGACCUCGGGCCAGGCAACAGGGAUCUGCCUCAGGCGCCCCGGGCAGCGCUGUCUGAGGAGCAGAAGGUGGCAGGAGAAGGGGAGAAGGCUGCUGGGGUGCCACCACCAGGCAACGCUGCAGGGGACACGGGGAGACCCACAGAGGAUGGCAGCCGCGGUGGGAAACCCCUCCUGGUGGAGAAGCCGGCACCUGGGCCCGGGCAGCCAGAGCCUCUUGAGCAGAGGGACACGGAGCGGCCAGGCGGAGACCAGGCGGCCAGCAAGUUGGAGGAAGCUGGCAGGGCAGAGAUGCUGGACCACGCCGUCCUGCUGCAGGUGAUCAAAGAGCAGCAGGUGCAGCAGAAGCGCUUGCUGGACCAGCAGGAGAAGCUGCUGGCAGUCAUCGAGGAGCAGCACAAGGAGAUCCACCAGCAGAGGCAGGAGGAUGAGGAGGACAGGUCCAAGCAGGCAGAUAUGCAGCCAGAGCCUGGGGCAGUCGUGCCUCGAGGGCAGGAGGCCCAAGAUGGUGAGGCUGGGAAGUCGGCAGAGAAGGCACCCCCGCAGGCUCUGGAAACUGUCCUCGGAGCUCCUGGGGAUCACCCUGCUCUGCCCCAAGAGCUUGGCCAGCACUCCCCAGAAGAGCCUGAGGGGGCUGUGGGCAGAGAUGUUGCUGGCCCCCCUGAUGGCCGCUCUGACACAGAGCCCCGGACAGCCCAGGCCAAGCCAAGAGAAGGCCAGAAAGGUACUCUGUCUGGGGCAGCCGGUGCCAUGAAGGAGUUGCUUCCCAAGGCUCCAGAGCAGGUGCCCGUGCUAGACCCUGCCAGGAUGCCCAGACGCACAGAGGAGCACCUUGCUGUGGAGUUCCCUGGGCAGAGUCAGGACAUACUUGGGGGAGGUUCCCAAGAAAGGAAGAAACCUGGGAAGGAGGCAGCAGCCACUGGUGCUGGCAUCCAGAAGGAGGCCAACCGGCUCGUGGCAGGGCCAGGAGCAGAGAUCAGGGAUCCUCGCAGCAAGUCCAAGAAAACAAGCCAAGACCUGGGCCCCGCAGUGGGCCUGCCCAGCAGGUCAGAAGCAGCAGUUCCUCAGCCCCAGGCUGCAGUACGCCAACCAGAACUGCGGGUUAUCUCUGAUACAGGUCAGGGUGGGCAGCAGGGCCACCAGCCAGACCACGGCGGUCACCUGGAGACAAGGAAGGAGGUCCCCGGUGGGGCCCACAUGCCUGCGCCCCAUGGGCAGCCAGCCAGGGAGGAUGCUGCUAUCCCGGAGCCCAAGCAGAGGCCAGAACUGGAGCUUGGGCCCAAACUGGCUGUCCCCGGAGCUGAGAAGCCCGACAACGCUAAGCCCAACCGAGACCUGAAACUACAAGCUGGCUCUGACCUUCGGAGGAGACGGCGGGAUCUGGCCCCUCAUGCACAGGGGGAGCUGGCCCCAAAGGAUGGAGUCAUCAUCCGCUUCGACACCCUGCCGGACGUCCAGGUGAACGACCUCCGCAGUGCCCUGGAUACCCGGCUCCACCAGGCCGCAGCGGGUGCUUUGCAGGUGGUCCUCAGCCGGCAGAUUCAGCAGGUGCCUGGGACUCUGGAGGAGGCCUAGAGCCCACUCAUGCUGAGGGUGUGGACAGUGCGGAUGGCCACCCCCCUCCUCAGUCAGCGGCAGGUUUCCCCUGGCUGGUCCUGGCUGAACUCAAGAUCGUGCUCAUUUCUCGGUCUGAGGCCUUCACCAAGUGUUGGGAGUAAAAGUCUAAAAGAUGCACCAUUUACAACAUUGUUUCCAUUGCUGUCAUUCUGUUGUGCCUCUGCGUCUGAGGUUCCCAGCAUCUCCAAACGCUGUGCUCGCCGCAUCCUGUGAGGAAAAAUGGUUCUUGCCCUGAGCUGGCCAGUGCAUUUGCUCCAAGGUUCAGACUCGAGACUGCAUCUGCAGCCUGAUGCUUCUGUCUGCUUCAGACAGUCCUGUUACUGGCUGAGAGUGAAUGGGUGUUGAGGACAGUGGACAGUGUGACUACGGCACACACCUUUAUGUGGCUGAGUGUCCCAGUACGAGCUGUUAUGAGAACCAACGUUCAACCCCAAACUCCCAGUGACUCCGAAUUUUAUUUAUCUAAUGCUUCCCAUGAGUGUUGUAGAAAACCUUAAAUAAACACCUCUCCUCAUCCUGC